AUGGCUACAGGUGGGAAAUUAAAUCAGGUACCGAAAGUACUCAAGAGGCUUUUACCAGGCAACUCAUCGAGGGAAGAUGAUCGAGAUACGGGAACCAAGGUUCCAAAGCAGGGUCAGAUUGAGAGCAAUGUCCCAAUGGAAUGCGGUCCAGCCGCAGAGGAGGAGAAGCAAAUUCAACCCAGAGACAGUGACGUCAGAGACACUGAGCAGGACCCUGGAACCAGCACAAGUGAGGCGACUGCCUGUCAGCCCAGAGACAGUGACGUCAGAGACACUGAGCAGGACCCUGGAACCGGCACAAGUGAGGCGACUGCCUGUCAGCCCAGAGACAGUGACGUCAGAGACACUGAGCAGGACCCUGGAACCGGCACAAGUGAGGCGACUGCCUGUCAGCCCAGAGACAGUGACGUCAGAGACACUGAGCAGGUCCCUGGAACCGGCACAAGUGAGGCGACUGCCUGUCAGCCCAGAGACAGUGACGUCAGAGACACUGAGCAGGACCCUGGAACCGGCACAAGUGAGGCGACUGUCUGUCAGCUCGGAAACUCAUUAAACACGGAAUUGUCCAGUGCCCAACAGGGAGUGGAGCCAGAGUUUACAAUCUCCGACCUCCUGGCAGAGGGGGGCGAGUAUCGACUGUACCAACUGACCAAGUUCUACAGGGACAGACUCAAACAUGCAAUUGAAGAGAAAGUUGAACGACUCGGUUGGAUGUUGACAAAGGAUGGACAUUUCAGUCGAGAAGAAAAUGAGAAAGUCACUGAACUGACGGAGAAGGGAAACCGGACAGAGAGUUCCAGACUCUUCCUCAGUUUGGUGAAUGGCAAAGGCUCCCGGGCCCGACGGGCGAUGUGGGAAUCCUUUGUGAUGUGGAGGACUGAGUUACCGAAGUUGGACAGGAUACUGAGGGAGAUACAGGAGCUCGGUCCUGACCCAGAGGAAUACAUGAACAUCGCACAAGGGUUGUCUGAGUUACCCACUGAACUGACAGAUGUUCAACAGAAACACAAGGAGACUCUGCGGGCACAAACUGAAACACUGAGAGUGAACACGAUCCUAAUGAGGGAGAAGGUGAAGGUUUUCCAGCUGAUUGAUCGAUACACAAAGCUCACGGUCACUUCUACUCUUCGAGUUCGGAGACUGGUGGAACACGAGCUGCUGGCAAGAGGCAGAGACCACGAGGAGUGGAGAGAGGAACAUCUCCGUGGAGCGUUAGAAAAAAUAGAGACUGCUCAGUUAUUCCACAGCAGUUUUUCCCGGAGAAAAUCCAAAUCUGGCAGCUCUGCAGCAGUAGCCGGAGUGCCAGGAAUCGGGAAAACAACAAUGGUACAGAAGAUUGUUUAUGACUGGGCCGCGGGGAAUAUAUUCCAACAAUUCCAGUUUGUCUUCAGUUUCAAAUUCCGGGAUUUAAACUCAAUUAACUGCAGAAUAAACCUGAGGGAACUGAUUCUGGAUCAGUAUCCUUACUUUGGGAAUAUCCUGAGAGAGGUCUGGAAGAACCCAGAGGCAUUGCUGUUUAUAUUCGAUGGUUUGGAUGAAUUCAAGCACACAAUUGAUUUUGCGGACAGUCGGAGAUACACAGAACCCAAGCACCAGUGCCCAGAUCCCGAGUGGUGGUGUGAAGUGUCGGACAUUGUGUACAGUUUAAUCCAGGGCAAGCUGCUCCCAGGGUGUUCAGUGCUGGUGACCACCCGCCCCACUGCGUUACAUUUAUUGGAAAAGGCAGAGAUCAGUGUCCGGGCUGAAAUCCUGGGAUUUGUUGGUGAGGAACGGAAGGAAUAUUUCAUCAAGCAUUUUGAAGAUCAGAUGGUGGCAGCAGCUCUUUUCAAACACGUGCAGGAGAAUGAGAUCCUGUACACUAUGAGCUACAACCCCUCCUACUGCUGGAUCCUCGCUCUGGCACUGGGCCCCUUCUUCACACAAAGAGUCAGGGACCCGCAAAGAGUUCCCAAGACCAUCACCCAACUGUACUCCUACUAUAUUUACAAUAUCCUAAAAAAUCACGGCCGUGAGAUUGAGAGACCCCGUGAUGUGUUUCUCAGGGUGGGUCAGAUGGCCUACAGAGGAGUGUCCGAGAAGAAGAUUGUGUUUACAGACGGAGAUUUGAUCAAGUUCAAUCUGCAGCCUUCCCAGUUCCUGUCCGGGUUCCUGAUGGAGCUUUUGGAGAGAGAGGAUUCUGCCCACAGUGUGGUGUACACAUUCCCACACCUCACCAUCCAAGAGUUUGUAGCUGCAGUCGCACAAUUCCUGACUGUACAUCCCGAGGAUAUCCUGAAAUUCCUCACUGAAGCCCACAAGACGGAAGAUGGGCGAUUUGAGGUAUUUCUCCGAUUUGUUGCUGGUCUCUCCAACCCAAUGACAGCUCGGGGCCUGGAGGAGUUUCUGGGUCCAUUUCCUCAUCAAGCAACCUGCCGGGUGAUUGACUGGGUGAAGGAGGAGGUUAAACGCCAGAGUGGAAACACGGGUGACACUGAUAAAAGGAGACUCCUGAACACAUUGCACUACCUGUUUGAGUCUCAGAAUCGUGGACUGGCUCAGGCCGCACUGGGAUCUCUGAAAACACUUUCAUUCAGUGAAAUGACACUGACACCGGUUGACUGCGCGGUCCUGUCUCAUGCCAUCGGACUCUGUGAUACUAUAAAAGAACUCGACCUGCAGAGUUGCCACAUUCAGUGUGAAGGAAUCCAGCGGCUGGGACCCGGGCUGAACAAGUGCCAGGAGUUGAGACUUGGGGAGAAUGACCUGGGAGAUUCAGGAGUGAAACUGGUGUCUGCGGCUCUGAGGAACCCGGAGUGUAAAAUACAGACACUGGGGCUGAGGGGUGUCGGUCUCACAGAUUCUGGGGCCGAGGAUCUCGUCUCCGCUCUCAGUACAAACCCAUCACUGACGGAGCUGGACCUGAGUAAUAAUGAACUGGGAGAUUCAGGAGUGAAACUGGUGUCUGCGGCUCUGAGGAACUCGGAGUGUAAAAUACAGACACUGUGGCUGACCCGUGUCGGUCUCACAGAUUCUGGGGCCGAGGAUCUCGUCUCCGCUCUCAGUACAAACCCAUCACUGACGGAGCUGGAGCUGAGUGGUAAUAAACUGGGGGAUUCAGGAGUGAAACUGGUGUCUGCGGCUCUGAGGAACCCGGAGUGUAAAAUACAGAAACUGGAGCUGAGGGGUGUCGGUCUCACAGAUUCUGGGGCCGAGGAUCUCGUCUCCGCUCUCAGUACAAACCCAUCACUGACGGAGCUGAGCCUGGGAUCAAACUCUCUGACAGACCGAUCUGUCCCCGGUCUCCGCCGCCUCAUACUGACCCGCCCGAGUCUGAAGUGGAUCCGGCUGUACGGGAAUCGGUUCAGUGAGACCGGGAGGAAGGAACUGAGAUCUCUGCAGGGAGUCAGACCCGGACUGAGAGUGUGGAUCUGAAUGUGUGAACAUCCCCGCCCGCGGAAUGGAGCCGAUUCCCCCCUCCCCUUUAACUACCCCUCCCCCUCCCCUUUAACUACCCCUCCCCUCCCCUUUAACUCCCCCUCCCCCUCCCCUUUA